GUUACCUCUUGAAAUUGCAACAAAAAUGGGUUGUGCCAACCCCUUUCGCAUGUUGUCUCGACUUACCAUUUCUCGUUCUCCUGGACAUUGCUAAGAGCGAUGGAGAGUUACGAAAACCUAUGCAUUCUUGGACGGUGUAGCUGAUAAUACCUCGGAGGCAUAAACUCGGGGUCUGACUUGUUACCUCAGGGCACUUUAAAAACCGCCGACGAGACGCCAACGGUAGUCAAUUACGAAGAGGCCUGCACAGGGGGUUCACGCAGAACUCAUUGGUCUAUCUACAACGUCGUGUUUUACCUAAAAAUCAAUCAGUCGUGGAGAUUACUACCAUUAAAAUGAUCAUCAUCGCAAUCCUUCUGGCAACGAUGUCGAGCGGCUUCGUGGAAGGCGCAGAGGUACAUCGAAAUAUCCGGGCCCCGCUGUCCCACAGACAUCCAUAUCGAGGGUUGGAUGUCCCUCAUCAAGUGCCCCAGGGUCAGACCGUUAAUCAGCACGAAUCAUCAACUCCCCAAGACUACAAUCAGCUGGAGCAGAACUUGGCAUACAAACCCUUCGACUCCGCUCCGAUCCACAUAAGACGCUUGAUCUACGACGCCUACGGUCCUCAGCAGCCCUACGUCAACCCUCACGCCUUCUUCUACAAGAAUUACGUCGGCCUUCCCAGUGAUUUUCUCACAUCUGGUGCCGAUCACAGAAGAGCGGACACCGAACACUCAGACUCAGCUGUCUCGUCAACAGCAUCACCCAUCUCAUACAAGACAGCUUAUCCCGUCCAUUCCGAAACAAUUGCCAAAAUUCCCACCAAGGUCCUUCAGAAAGGAGGAAUCAAGUACAAAGAGGACAUCCAUCAGAAGCAACAGUACUACUCACCACAGCCAAGUUACGGAUUGUCGCAUUCUCUUCAGAGAAACACAGAGCAGACGAAGAGAUCGCCGGUCUCAGCGUCCACCGAAGGUCAUGAAGAUGAGACGUAUGACAUGCCAGCUGCACUUCAGACUCUUCUGAGCUACCAGGCGCAGAUCCCCUACAAUGUCCUCGCCAAUCAUAUCAUCUUCGAGACGAAGAAACCUUUCGUUCCGAAGCCCCUCCCCGAAGACGCCAAAUACUCGUCUCAGUAUCCGAAUAAAAUAUUCUACAUCAGAACUGAUGGACAAGUUCUGGAUGGUGUUCCGGCAAUGGGCAUCGGCGCUGCGGAGAUCAAGUACAAGGAUGCAUGAUCUCAAGGACACAUGCAGAGUUGAGCAUUAGAAAAUAGUUGAUAGAAAAGUUGACGGAUUAGCUGUGGGCAGAGUGAUUGAAGGAGAUUAUUGAAAUUCCCUUUCGCGUGGAGAUGUUCUUGUUUCUAAGGCAUUUUCUUAUCACCUGGCAUCGGUUUAUAAGGGAAAGUUAUGACUAUCACGUGGAGGAAAAAAAUUAAAAUUAGUGCAGGGAGGGAAAUUUUUUACAAAAAUUCCAGUGCGAAGACGGGAAAAUAUUAGAAUAAUUACGGUUUAUAGUAAUUGAAUGCUGUUAAUGUACAAUUUCUGGUAACAAAUCUGCGAUUUCUAGGCAAGUUUCACUGAAAUUCGAGAAAAAUUCCCAUUACAUAAAUUAAAUUCCUAGAAUUUUUCUUUAAAAAUUAUCUCCGUGAUUUGACCGUUCGUGAAAAAUUACCAUGACCACUCAGAAAAAUUUGUCGGCCACUUGGUAAAGUUACCGACAAUUAGGUAAUAGUUUCUAGAUAAUUAUUGAUGUCACCGCAUUAGAAACGGACAUUUAUAAAGAUCAAUAGUCAAUUAAUGAUUAAAAUCUAGCAGAAAAAAAUUAUGGAAAAAUGGCCAGUAUUUUUGCAUAAUUUUUCUUGAAUUCGUAAAAUUAUAGAAAAUUGAUAAGUAUAUAUUAUGACGCUAUGGCCUUUAGGACAAACAUCUACAAAUGCCAACGUAUAAUUAUUUACCCAAAUAGAGCGAUGAAAAAAAAUGUAAAAAUUUUCUGUCAAUAUUGCUUAAUGGUUGGGGGGGUAUUUUUUGUUGCCAGCACUUUUAGAAUGAUUCAAUGGAUAGAAGAAUUUAUAAUUAUAACUAAGAACUUUAACUAAUCACUUCAAAAGUGUUGACGACACUGAUUAUUUCGUCAACACCAUUAAUUCGUUGUAUAGAAAGUAUUUGCAAUUUCAUGCGUGAAGGAAUUUUGAUUUAUCUCGUUUCAUCACUCCAGGGUAGAAUGAAUUCAUAGAGAAUUGAUCUUUGCAAUUCAAAGAUGACACAGAUGUAUUUUUUGUGAAAAUAGUUUGUUGAUAGAGUGAGAAUGAGUUUUUUUUCUCAAUAAAAAUGUAGAUAUCGAUAAUUAUGCCUUUUACCGAACAAUCACUAUCAUUUACCUUUCGAUGACAGUUUUUUUUUUGUAGUAUUGAAUAGCUGAAUCGGGAGGGGUUACUCUUAUUUGAUUUCACUUUGCACGACAGGACAGGCGCUUUUCUCCGGAUCAGGAAGAUAGUUAAGGUAUUGCCGUAGUGCUCCACUUUCGUGGCCUUCAACGCAGGCGUAUGUAAAACACAGACUCCGGGCUUUCGUUUUUACAUCUAGUCUCAUCAUCUCUAGAAGUUUUAAUACAAUAAUCGUAAAUUAAAUCAGUAAAUCAACUUUCAAACACUAGUGCUCAUUUCGUCCUAUUCAUUUUUUCAUCCUGACUUCUGGUAGAUCGUAAAAUCCCGACGUAUGUUCCUGGAUCAAACUUGCACAAACAUAAAUUUUCCGCGUCGUGUUUGCCUUUGUUAAUAAUUAAUAAGUUUACAAGUCUAUUAAAAUUCAAUUAUCUGCACUAUUUCGAAGACAUUUGAAUUUUACGAAGUGGUUGGGUAAUAAUGUUUCCAGAGGUGAUAACUAAUAAUCGAUUAGAUUGGAAUCACUAAGAUUUGUGAAAAGAAUUAUUUAUUUGAACUUUCAAUUAAUAAUUUGGACGUCGAUGUCAUACCUAAGAAAAUGUGUUUAAAAAUUUAACUAAUGCCAUUUAAUUAUUUGCAAAUAUUGAACAUAAAAAAGUUCGUCCAAAAAAAAUGUAAGCGCUUAAAAGUUUAUAAU